ACGCUUAGAAAUUACAUGGCGGAAGUAAACAAAUAGGGUGUCGCACAUUUUGAAACGAGAGGUGUCAAGAAUUGGUUUCAUCUAAGUACAAAAAACAUUGGGAAGUAUUUGACAUUUCUAGUUUCAGGUAAAUGCUUUAAGCUACGGGUACUCAUCGGAAAUUCUAACCGUAAACAUCUGUUAGCCAGAUAGUUAUGAUGUAUAUGGCUUGUGUUAAAUAGCGAACGAGAACGAAGGACUGCUGUGACUUGCGACAGAAAUGAAUGGUCAAGCUGAUAUAGAAAUGGACUACAAGAGGAAAUACAAAAAUCUUAAACGCAAAUUAAAAUUCCUGGUUUACGAGCAGGAGUGUUUUCAGGAGGAGCUACGAAGAUCCCAGAGGAAACUGCUCAAAGUAUCCAGAGAUAAAAGUUUUCUUCUGGACCGACUGUUACAAUAUGAGCGGGUGGAUGAGGACUCUUCAGAUUCUGAGGCCACAGCCUCCUCUGAGAACAGUGAAGGUGAAGGGCCCCGGGAGAGAGAAAGAGAUGGCACAAGGAAAAGAAGGAGUAGCCCAGGUCUGGGCCUUCCUUCAUCCUUGUCCCCCCAUCUGUCCCUCCUGGCCCGUUCUGGAGUGAACCCUCUGCAGUCUUCUGGCGGUAGCCCCUACCUCAACACUUUGCCCUUCCCACCGGAGUAUCUGGCUCCACCAGCUGACAGCAUGAAGAAAGAGAGAAAGACAAAGGCACCAAAACACAAGAAAGAGACAUCGGGGAAGGUGGUGGCCCCUCUGGCAUCCAACUACCCAGCAGGCCCGGCGGCCCCUCCCACCUCCAGCUCCUACAACUGGGUGCCUAGGCAGAUGCUGAGUGGAGACGCUGCGGAGGAGGAGGGGGAGAGUGAGGGAGACUCCGACAGAGGAGACGAUGACAGGGGGGAGGGAGAAGAGGCUGAACUUGUUAUCGAUAUCCCCAACGAGUAGUGUGUGUGCGUGUUACACUGUGACGUGUGUUUUGCGUGCGCGUGUGUUUUGCGUGCGCGUGUGUUUUGCGUGCGCGUGUGCAUUUUUGUUCCCACUACACUGUCAAGCGCCCUCCAGUGGACAAGCAUGUUAAUUCAAUGUCUGUCAGAACAUUGUAACUAACAUAUUUAUGUUAUUAAUUGAGUCUUUUAUUGUAAUUCUGUUGCUUUCUACUGUUAUAUAAAGUCAUGGCAGUGAUGUAUUGAAGGACAGCUACUGGUCAGCAUAUCCUUUAUACCAAACUGUCAAAUUAGGAGAUUUCUAUUGACGUAGUUGAUAUGUUUCUACCCAGGACAUUUAGAAGUUAAAUCACAUUCAAGUAGUGGCAUUGCAGUUGACUAUUAAAAGCCUAAUUAAUUU